UCUUAUAGAACUCAAUGGUAUCAAAAGUGAAGCCAAAUUAUAUAAGCUAAAUUUGAACAUUUCUUCCGGUUUGCUUCCAGGAAUUGCGAAAUAAAGAAAACGCAAACAGAAUAAUCAUAAACUAUUAAUGUGAAUUAUUCUGUGCUACACGCAUACUUUCUUCGUUACAUUUCAUUGAUGGCAGAAUCAACUAUGGAAAAAUAUAAUAUAGACAAUUUCACUUUAGCAGAUAAACUAAAAGAGCGCGAUCUUGAAUAUAUUCGCUUUCUCGGCCAAGGACGUUAUGGUAGAGUUAUUAAGGCGAAGCACACUCUUGAUGAACAACAUUACGCAAUUAAAUAUUGCCCUAUUUUAACAGAUACGGCAAAAAGCUGUAAACGCGAAAUUGAAACUCUUACGGAAAAAGAAUUUUGGAAACACAAUAUUGUAAAGUAUUCGGGCUGCUGGGAAAUGGUCAUCAACAAUGAAAAAUUUUUGUUUAUUAAGAUGGAACUUUGUUCUAAAACUUUGUGUGACUUUGUAUACGAGAACAAUUUUGGUAAUGGCGCUGAGAUUGUAAAGACUACAAGAUUAUAUCGACAAGUUUUCCCUCAAAUUUUAAACGGUCUUCAAACUUUACACGCAGAACAACUCGUACAUCGCGAUCUCCAUGUUGGAAAUAUUCUUGUUGUUAAUUCAAAUAUAAGCAAAAUCUCUGAGAUUGAAAUCAAGAUAACCGACUUUGGUCUUACCCGAAAGAUUUAUACCAAAGAACAAUUGGAGUUUUUGAGUUCGAGCAUUGAGCUUCAAGAGUUGUCUAGUGGUGUAGGAAAUGAAUAUUUUCGAGCACCGGAACUUGACUCAAGCUAUUAUGAUAACAAAGUUGAUUUAUACAGUGCAGGAAUUGUUUUGUAUUUUCUAUCGUGCUAUAUAGAGAUUAAAGGCAAGUGGAAAGAGGAAAUACGUGCAUUGAAGGACGGCAAACGUGACCCGACAAACUUAGCACAUAAAGAUGACGAGACACUAAUAGAGAUGAUUUUUUCCCGUCUUGUUCACAACGAACCACAUCAUCGUCCUAGUGCAAAAGAAGCGCUAAAUAUAGUUAAUGUUGCAUGGAAAAAUGUAAACGAGCCGUCCAAAGAAGUGAGAUUCCCGAUAACUGUAUCUGAGAAAAAAAGAAAGAUUUAUGUUCGUAAAGAAGACGAGGAAAAGGUUGAGAGAAUCUUUCUUCAAGAGGACAGCUUUGCAAAUAUUAAAGAACAAAUUGAGAAACAAUUGGGCAUUCCAAAAGAACUGCAAGUGUUAAAUUACAAAAAUGUGAUUAAUGGAAAGGAGGAAACGCUAUCUAUAUCUUCGGAAGAAAAAGCUCAUGAAAUGUUUCUGAGUGCAGAUGAGGAGAUGAAAAAAAUAAUCAUUGAAGUGGCCAAAGCUGAAUCGCUGAUGGAUGUAGAUGCCUCUAACAAAAGUUGUUUUGUAAUAUUCAUCAGUGUAGCCAGGGGGCUCAAAGGAGGAAAUUGUUUUUCCUUCUUUUCGAUGAGUCAUGACUAUUUCAAAUAGUGGCUAUUUGCUUGUGGUGCUACAGCUACAUUAACUAUGAAGGCCAUUACGCAUGACACGAAACGUGAGACGAAAAUCUGUGGUAUACAUGGUUAGUUACACUGGGAUGGCAAAUUUGAUGGACCUCUUAAAUUAAACGUGUUUGCAACGGGCGAGAUGAAGAUGGUGUAUCCUAGUAUGGCGAUCCGUCAUUCCUCUGUUCGAACAUUGCGUAAUCUCUGGCGUCGCAUAAAGUUGUUUUUGCUGCCGCGAAAUCAAGAUUUAAAAGUUCAAUUGAAGUCUUAGUAGAACUAUUUUAAUUUUUUUAAUGCCUGGGUGGGCUGUAUAAGAGGGUUGUAAUUUGAGAUUUGAUAAAUUAACCUUUAAAAUCAGUAAUUUUUAAUCGGUCAUCAUGUCAUAAAAUUUCUAUUGGGCAAUCCUUUCGUCAUAAACCAUGUCACGUGAUGGAUACCAAAAAGAAAUUUUAAAGUUACUGACUUACCAGGGGUAUAUUUUCUGGAGUGGUGCAGAGAGUACGCAGUCAACCCCACUCUCCCAGAAAAAAUGUUUAGUGCCUCCUCAUGAAAAGUUCCAAAAUGACAUUACGUACUAUGGACAAUUAAUAUAACAGUAUAAGAGGCUAUGAAAUUGUACAGUAAGUUCUCAUUUCAAAGAGAAUUCCAUACUUUAUAUCACCAGCAUUUGCAAUUGAUUAUUACCGUGAAACAUUGAAACAAUAAAAUUAAAAUAAAUUACUAAAUGCGCAUUCA